CGCGCGGCGACUUUAGUUUCUUUUUACGCGGGCGGGGUGUGUUUCUCAUCUCCUGUUGCUGGUGUUGCUACGUUGGCUCCGAAGGAGAGGCGGAGACGAGGAAACGGAAUCGCGGCGAAUAAACGAAAUACGAAUAAGCUCGCCCUUUCGUAGCGAGGCGAGAUGCGGUCUGCGCUUCGCUAGUCUUCUUCGACCGUAGUCUUUUACACUCCCGUUGUCGAACGUCCGCUCAUCUAAGCAAGGAGUAGACCGAACCCACUGAAGAAAUCAGGUGCAUAAGACGGCAGCGAUGACGCUGCUGCUGCUCCCUCCGCCCUCACCUGCUGCUGCCUCGAUGCGAUUCUCGAAAAUCUGCAACACCAGGUGCUUGGGGUCGAUCGUCGCGCUUUUCGUCCUCUGCCUGAUCGCCGAUAACCUGGUGAAACCCGCCGAGGCUGUGGUCUGUCAGGAUUUGAAGAAAUGCAAUUGUACGGGGAUAAAAGGAGAUCCCGGCGUCCCAGGGAUUCACGGGCUCCAGGGCCCCGAAGGACCUCCGGGGGACGAAGGACCGCUGGGUGAUAUCGGACCACGUGGAGAGAAGGGAGCCGGUGGAGAAGAAGGAGGUACCGGUGAAAAGGGAUACCGGGGUGACGACGGAAUCCCCGGAUUCGCAGGGUCUCCAGGAAUAUCGGGACGACCCGGUGCUCCAGGUGUGAGAGGUCCAGACGGGCUCGACGGAUGCAACGGAACCGAUGGAAGAGCCGGAUCUCCGGGAAUGCCGGGUACGAGGGGCGGUCGAGGUCCCGUAGGUCUCGACGGCGAGCAAGGAUUCCCCGGAGAACCCGGCGAGGGUGGGAUAAAUUCCCUCGGUACGAAGGGAUCCCAAGGUGACGCUGGAAUCGACGGACUUCCGGGUUCCCCGGGAUUCAAGGGAAUUAGGGGCCCUCCAGGAUAUCCAGGAGGAACAGGCGACAGCGGAUAUCCGGGAUCCUAUGGGCUUCCGGGAUUCCAGGGUGAGCCCGGAGAGUCCACGUACGGGAUCAAGGGUCCCCCGGGAGAGCGGGGGGAUGUUGGAGAACCCGGUCAACCGGGAGAGAACCCGCGUUUACGUAAACCGUAUCCGGGCACUUUGGCGAAAGGUAAACGGGGACCUUGGGGACCCCCUGGAGAUUACGGAGAACGCGGUCGCAAAGGAGAGAUGGGUUCGCGUGGUGCUACGGGUCGUCCUGGAUUCGCAGGAAUAAAAGGAUGGAAAGGCGAUCGAGGUGUCGAGGGACCCAGAGGAAAACAGGGAGUCAUAGGACCGGCGGGGCCUGUUGGCGAAAAAGGAGACAAGGGUGCCCCCGGAUACGAGGGUACACCCGGAGUUGAUGGAUUCAAAGGUGCACGAGGAGAGCCCGGAAACCUCGGUUAUCCGGGACGACAAGGAGCGGCUGGACCGCCCGGUCUCUACAUCCCGGAACUCGACGAAAUCAUUCAAGGAAGUAUCGGAAUUCAAGGAGAAGUCGGUCCCGUUGGCGCGCAAGGAUCCCCAGGGAUUCCUGGUCGCCCUGGAUACGUCGGUUACAUCGGGCCUCCAGGUCCACCGGGUCCACCGGGAGCACCUGGCGUUCCCGGUCCCAAGGGUUCAUCGGUUAAAGGAGAACAGGGCGAUGACGGAGCAACCGGUGCAAGAGGUCUUCAAGGACCGAACGGAUUGCCAGGACCCCAGGGAGAAAUGGGACCGAAGGGUUUCCCAGGUUUGACGAUCGUUGGCCCUCCUGGACUAGACGGAGCGCCGGGUCAAGACGGUUAUUUCGGGCUACCGGGAGAACGCGGAGAACCUGGAUUUCAGGGAGAGAAAGGAUUCCCCGGCAGAGGUGUCCCCAUAAGAGGUCCACCGGGAGAACAAGGACUCCCCGGUGCUCCCGGUCGCGCUGGUCCAGACGGACGACCCGGAGUUCCGGGUAGGCCGGGAGCGAAAGGACAUCGAGGAGACGACUGCGGCUACUGUACGCCAGGACUCGACGGUCAGAAGGGAGAGCGAGGAGACGACGGUGUGAGCGGGUAUCCGGGACCAACGGGAUUCGUCGGCAGACCUGGUCCCAGAGGUUUCAAGGGAGCUAAGGGACGAGAUGGUCCCAUCGGACCGAAAGGGUUGCGCGGUACCGAAGGGCGGUCCGGAAUCGCCGGUGUCCAGGGUCCCAAAGGAGAAGCCGGCAGCGUAGUCUGGCCACCGAUGAGCGAUUUGAUAGUGGAGGACGGAGACAAGGGAUUGAAAGGAUUCCCCGGAGACGAGGGCCCACGCGGGCAGGUUGGCUACGUCGGUGCUCCAGGUGACAACGGACCGGACGGACUGAAAGGCGCGAAGGGUGAUUACGGUAUACCUGGAUUUGCUGGACGCGACGGUCUGAACGGAUGGAACGGAGGGCCGGGAGAACGAGGAGACGACGCGGAAUUCACGAAAGAAGAACUGAUCGGGGAUGCGGGAAUUCCAGGCAGUCCUGGCUUCCCUGGAGAUGUGGGAGACACGGGGGCUAAAGGAGAGCCGGGAGAGUCCGCUGAGUACAACAUCAACUUGAAAGGGGAGCCCGGCUUCAAGGGAGAGCGUGGAGACGUUGGUGCGCCGGGAUUCAAGGGCUUCAGAGGAAUUACCGGGGACGAAGGAUACCGCGGGUUACCCGGAGCGCAAGGACUGCCUGGUAUUUCCCUACAGGGUGCACCGGGUAUGAAGGGAUAUCCGGGUAUGCCCGGUGACCAAGGACGAAGAGGACAACCUGGAGCACCCGGACGUCCGGGACCCACCGGUUUCCCCGGUCCCAGAGCGCAAAAGGGAGAUCGCGGAGAACCCGGUUCGGUGUUCGACUACAUCGGGGACAUAGGAGAAAGGGGUCCACCGGGGCAAAAAGGAGAUUGGGGAGAGCCUGGUUUGGAGGGUCGACCUGGAAGAUCUGGCGAUGCGGGACUCAAGGGAUACAAGGGAGAAAAGGGUGCCCCUGGAUGGGAGGGACGUCAAGGACUUCGGGGAUCGAAAGGUCAAACCGGUGACAGAAUUCAAGGAUAUCGCGGUGAGCCCGGAGCACCUGGUCUCUCCGGAUACAGAGGAUGGUUCGGAAAUAAAGGAGUCCCAGGACCCAACGGAUUAUCUGGCUUCGAGGGGAUGAAGGGGCUUAAGGGAGAGAUCGGGUUCCCUGGUUCCUACGGAGAGGACGGUGAUGCGGGACCUCCAGGUUUCACGGGUAGGCCCGGAAUCAAAGGGGCGGUUGGUUUCCCCGGCGAAGAUGGAGACGCAGGAGAUUUCGGCAGACCGGGACAGCCCGGAGCGCACGGACGACCCGGAAUGCCAGGAUUAUCGGGACUGAAGGGAGAACGAGGAGACGUCGGUGUCGCAGGAUCGCAGGGACCUCGGGGUCCCGACGGUCCGAAAGGAACUUGGGGAGAACUCGGACAACCGGGACUCGACGGAGAACCGGGAGAACCAUCCUUCAGCGGACCCCAGGGAGACAUGGGAGAAAACGCCCCUCAGGGAGCGAUCGGGCCCCCGGGACUCCUUGGAGUCGAUGGACGUCCAGGACUUCCCGGAGAACCCGGAGUUCCGUUCAAUGGAUUCAACGGUAUGGACGGACCGGACGGUGAACCUGGUUGGGACGGUCGACCUGGAGUAGAUGGAAUCAAGGGUGACAUGGGAGAUAUGGGCCCAGAUGGUUUCAAGGGACGGAGAGGUGACACGGGCAUUGACGGCAGAACAGGAAUUCCUGGAACCUACGGUCUGCCUGGAUUGAAAGGAAAGAGAGGCUUGACCGGACUUGCCGGUCCGACCGGACGAAAAGGACAGCGAGGUCCCAUGGGAGAACCGGGAGAGAUCGGUCGCCCGGGCCUGCCCGGAGAUCGGGGUCCAAGAGGGUUGGAAGGAUAUCCCGGACCGAGAGGGGAGAAGGGUAUAACGGGAGAGCCUGGGUUUGCUUCGUUCGUCGUAGCUGACGUCGGUGACGCCGGAAACCCGGGAAUGAACGGAGCACACGGUCGUAAAGGAGAACGGGGAGAUCAAGGAUUAUACGGAGCACCGGGACACAAAGGAAAGCAGGGAGACGUCGGACCGCAAGGAUUGGAAGGUUUCGAAGGAUUCCAAGGACUCAAGGGAAUCUCGGGAGAGCAAGGACCUCCGGGACCGAGGGGUCUACCUGGGCAGUCGCCUGAACGCGGUGACGAAGGGAGAUCAGGGGUCCACGGCAGAGCAGGUCGUCCAGGUCGUCUUGGGCAGAAAGGAGCCCCCGGAGAAUACGGGCGGAAUGGAUUGGACGGACCCGAUGGACUACCGGGACCUACGAUAAUAGGACUCAAGGGAGAGCAAGGAGACCAAGGAUUCUCUGGACGACAGGGCGCUGUAGGAGUCGUUGGUAAACCUGGAUUUGACGGUUUCGUCGGAGAAAAAGGAUUGAAAGGUUUCCGGGGCGAACCCGGAUUCUCCAUAACGAGUCCCAAAGGUCAAGUAGGAGAACGAGGUUUUACUGGAGUGAACGGUCGACCGGGUCUCAAGGGCGACAGAGGAGAACCCGGCCGAUUUGGAUUGGAAGGACUCCGGGGAAUCAAGGGAGAGCGUGGAGAUCAAGGAGAAGAAGGAUUUUCCGGGCCUCCGGGAAGACCGGGUCGACAGGGAGAAAAGGGAGACCGUGGACGUUACUUGUUUGGUCAACGCGUCUGGCCCGGAGCUCGAGGUGAACCAGGAGCGCCAGGAUUACCAGGAUUGACCGGGAUACGUGGACCGAUAGGAGAACCUGGGGAAUUCGGCCGUCCAGGGCCCCCCGGAGAACAAGGUGAUCGAGGUCUCCCCGGUAUCACAGGGAUCAGAGGACAACAAGGACCCGUUGGAAACCAAGGACGCCCUGGUCCAGAUGGUCAGCCGGGAUAUCCUGGUCGUCCGGGAGAACGCGGUGACGCAGCACCCGCACCUCCAGGUCCUAGGAGCAGAGGAUUCUACUUCACACGGCAUUCUCAAUCAGAGCUGAUCCCGGUAUGUCCCAAAGAUACCGUGAAGCUGUGGGACGGAUACUCGCUACUCCACAUAAUGAGCAACGGGAACCCCCACGUACAGGAUCUGGGUGCUGCUGGAAGCUGCAUGAAAAAGUUCUCGACUCAACCGUACCUUUUCUGUAACUUGAACAACGUUUGCGACUACGCGACUCGUAACGACUACAGUUACUGGUUGAGUACAACGGAAAAUAUGCCGAUGACGAUGACACCGAUCCCAGCCCCGGAUGUCGGCAGAUACAUAUCUAGGUGCUCGGUGUGCGAGGCACCAACGAGAAUGAUCGCAGUUCACAGUCAGUCGAUGUCGAUUCCAAGUUGUCCGGGUGGAUGGGAAGAGUUGUGGAUCGGUUACAGUUUCCUCAUGCACACCGACGCUGGUGCAGCAGGUGGUGGUCAAUCUUUGGUAUCGCCCGGAUCAUGUCUGGAAGAUUUCCGUUCUCGACCAUUCAUUGAAUGCCACAGCAUAGGUAGAUGCAACUAUUUCACGACCGCAUACUCCUACUGGUUAGCGACGAUCGAGCAGCGUGAAAUGUUCAGAAAACCGAAACCUGAGACGCUGAAACAAGAUGUAACAUCACGCAUAAGCAGAUGUGCAGUUUGCUUACGCAGAGAAGUCCACGAAGAGUCAAGACCUACCAGAUUACCAAAUUACAGGGCUAGAGUACCUCCUGCGGUAGACCGUAGUAACAAUGGUUUUUCGGUAGUACCGGUCAAUCCGCAAGCUUUCAGGCAAAAAGACGCCCAUGUAAAAACAAGAGGUGGGUUCGCCAGGUCACGCGGAGGUCAAACAAGGGGCGGUCGUCGUAGGCCCUACCAUUUCAAUCAGCACAGAGGGGCACGCAAAUUCCGUCGCCAGCCACAGGCAAAAUAGAAAACCAUCGAAAUUAAAAGAGUAACUAAAUAGAUUAAAUGGAUAAAAAUUGAAUAACAAAAAAAAAAUAAUUAAAAUAAACGAACAAACAUUGUAUAUGAAAGAAAUACUUGUAAGAAAGAAAUAUUAAUAAACAAUAAAACACGACGUAAGCUUUGAGUAUGUAAAAUAAUAGUUAUUAAAAGUAAAAAAAAAAAAAAAAAAAUUCCGUUGAUCGAUAAAUUUAAAUUCUAUAUAAUAUAUAUUUUCAUUUUCUGUUCUGAAUAACUAUAGUCGUCGAUCUACUGAUGAAGUGGAGUGGCGAUCGAUUCAACACGUACUAAAACACUUAUUCACUCACUUAUUCACUUGACUCUUCAGUGUUGUACGAUAAAUGGGUAACAACGUGACGAUAUUGUGCCAUAAAUGGUGUUGUAGACUCUGCAACAAAUACUAUACCUGUAAUAACGACUGCCAAAUAUAUAUUCAAGUUUCAAGUGCCUGCGAAAUGUCGAUUACUAAAUUAAUAUGUAAUAUGAUAUAAUGUAAUAUGAUAAUAUAAUAAUAUAAUAUAUAAUAUGAUAACGUUGUUAUAAUGUAACUUCAAAUAUACAAUAAAGAUAUUUUAUAUUAUUAGCUAUGCUAGA